AUGUAUAGAAUAGCACACAAAGGAAUUUUGGCAUCCAUUCGACCCAGAUGUAUCGCAUUAAAGCCAAUACAAUCCAAUGCCAUCCUGUUUCAGCAGCGUAGUAACGCAACACAGCAGAUCAUCCCCAGGACCGAAUCGACAGAACGCACUUCCAGCAUGAUCAAGUUUCUCUAUCAGCACAAGCAAAGACCUAUCCCCACUGCAGACAAGCAUGUGAUUGUGACCAAUUGUCCUCAUUGUGUCAAACUACGAAAGAACAGUUUUGCUGCGUACCUGGACCUCCACAAAGGGACUUAUCACUGCAAGACAUGUAGAGCCAAAGGCGGAUUUCCCGAGUUCUCCAAGCUACUAUUGAAAAAGAUGGAAUCUCCCCAACACAAUGAUUAUGCCAUCUUGUCGACCAGCAAUAUAUUGAGUAGUAGCAACAAUGCAAAGCAUACAUUUACCAGAUCACAAGCUGAGAUUGACAGUUAUGCACAGAACCUCAUCCACGAUGAAGCCACGUUGCAGAAAAUAGAGUCAGAACAUCAUAUCAACAAGGACACAUUACGGGCAUUUGGCGUGGGCAUCACCUCGAUCAAUGACGGUAAAACACCCUGCCUGACAUUUCCACAGACGACGUUGACCUACAAGGAAGUGGAGGGCGACUUUAAAAUGGAUACAGUGCGGCUCAAGUUGUGCGAUCUUGACAACCCCGCACAUGUUGUUCAAUUGGAUCCACCUACCAGUGGUAAAGAGAACACGGAAGGAUUAUUUGGCUAUCAAACAGCCUCGUACCAGGACGAUACUGUGAUACUCACCCGUCGAGAAUUUGACGCCAUGGCCGCUCAUCAAGCGACUGGAUUGCCAGCCAUCUCGAUUCCCUCUGCCAACUACCAGCUUCAAGAAUCCGUGUUGCCCUUGCUGGAUCGAUUCAGUCGUAUUUAUCUGUGGUUGGAUGAUGAUGUGGAUGGACAGAUUGCAGCAGAGCGAUUUGCUCGCAAAAUUGGAGAGCAUAAAUGUCUGCUGAUCAACACAAGACAAGGUGAGUUGGAGGGCCCCGUCAAUGCCCAUGAUGCUUUGGUGGCAGGCAAAGAUUUGCAACAUAUAGUCGCUGCGGCACGAGGUAUCAAGCACGACCAAAUUGUGGAUUUCCGAGAUCUGCGUGAAGAAGUGUACAAUGAAGUGCUGCAUCCAGAACAAACGCGCGGUGUCCAGAGUAAAGACUUGCCGACAUUGAGCAACAUUACCAAGGGCCAUCGGGCAGGCGAAUUGACCAUUUUGACAGGCCCUACGGGUGCAGGCAAAACCACCAUCAUCAGUCAACUGAGCUUGGAUUACUGCAAAUCAGGCGUACCUACCUUAUGGGGAUCCUUUGAAAUCAUGAACAAGCGACUGGCCAAAAAGAUGCUGUAUCAAUUUGCAGAAAAGGACAUUAGUCUGAAUCCCAAGGAAUUUGAUGAAAUUGCAGAUAGAUUUGAGCAGUUGCCCUUGUACUUUUUGAAAUUCUUUAGCAGCACAGCCAUCAGCGAUGUCCUUAAGGCAUGCCAUCAUGCAGUGUACGCCUACGACGUCCGCCACAUUGUAUUGGACAACUUGCAGUUCAUGCUAUCACAACAAGGAGGAAACAGUCUAGACAAGUGGGAUCUUCAGGACAAUGCCAUUGCAGAGAUCCGCAAGUUUGCUACACAACAAGAUGUGCAUAUCACAUUGGUGGUGCAUCCUCGUAAAGACAGUGGUGCCAAUGAAGAACUCGACAUUCACUCCAUCUUUGGUAGUGCCAAAGUGACACAGGAAGCAGACAAUGUCAUUAUUAUACAAAAGUCUCGAGAGGACAGACGCUCCCUGGAUGUCAAAAAGAAUCGUUUUGAUGGCACAUUGGGCUACGUGCCUUAUAAAUUCGACAAGCAAACCUUCAAGAUCCACGAACUCUCGCCUGAAGAACUACGCAAAGCCAAGAAUGAAAAGUUCAAGUAUGGAAGUACGUCUGUCAGGCUUCAAAGAAGCAAAUAA